UACUCUAGCCAGGACGCGCCUCAACAGCUGAUUGCUGGGAUGAUUCACUUACAUCUCAAUACUUGAAAAAUGUAUUUAUUGGAAAUACAAUCUAUGUGGGGAGUUUAGGACAUUAUACAGCAUCUCUACACGCUCUCUGUAUGCUGCAAGUUCGCAUAUAUGUAGCGAUUCACUAUGACUCCAAUGAAAAGUCUUCAAGAAUGGGCUGCUGACUGCAUUGCCCAGCAUCUUCUGCACAGUACAUGUGUAACUCAGCUAGCUACUUCUGCAUUCAGAGGUCAGAUUGGAUCCACUCAAAAACAGAUCAUCUCACAGAGUCUGAGAGAUCUCAAGCUACAUUUGUCAAGCUUUGAGUGCACAACAUCUACCAGCAUAAGUAAUCCUGCAUCUCGGCUCUUGAAACAGAGAAUUGCCUCUGUAGCAGAUUAUAUAUCAUGUCAGUCUCAGGUGAACUUCCUGAAGGCAUCGAUACUAAAGCUCUUACUCUUGGAAGAGUUUGUUUUAAGUACUGGUGUUGAGUGGGAGGGCAGAAAUAUGUCAUGGGGGGACAAUGAAGAUUUUGUAUUUGAAUAUUCCACUUCUGAUGUAGCAUACCUAAAUGCCUUUAUUAGAGUUUUACAGACAUUUGGACCUUUUCCUGUUGAGAAAGUUGUAAUUUCAUUUGAUUUUCAGGAUACUGAUGAUAUGAAAUCAGUCCUGCAGGCACUUUUUAAUAGUUGUACUAAAAUAAAAAGUAUCCACCUAGCAGGGAAAUGUGUUCACCUUAUUGCACUGAGCAAACUCAAGUGCUUUUCCAAGCAGUUGGAAGAACUAGUGAUGAUAGACUCAUUUGGAGCUCUAACCAAAGAUGUAUUUUGUGUAUCUCUGCUAGGCAGACCUUGGAUAGAAUACAUAUCUAGUCAUGAUGGUAGAAAUAGUUGUCUGGAGCCUCAGUUUCCCGCUUUAAGGCAUUUAUGGUAUCAAAGACAAAAUUCACAUAAAAGCUGGAAUGAUAGUUUGAUAAAAACAGCAAUCUUGACAUACUAUCCAAACCUCAAAACUUUAAAUUGGCGUGUAAAUGACUUCAACCAUAAUUAUGCUCUUACCAAAAUACCGGGGUUAAGUGGUAAGCAAUAUAAUUUAGAAAGCUUGAUGUUAACUACUGUGGAUCUCUCAGACUCUCACAGGAAUUCAGUAACUGAUCGAUUAAUUUGCAGUGUAGAUGUUGGGUAUUUACCUCAGUCAUUUCCUGGUCUCCAAGAUGUAUCUCUAGUUUUUGCUAGAGCCACAGACUGCCAGUGCUCACGCUCAGAGCUGAGGAGUCCUUGUAAGACCAGAGCAACUCAGAUUAUAGAGACACUGACCAAUGUGCUAAAUGAAUGUAGUAAAAUAGAAUCUCUCACUGCUGUUGGUGAUAUUGUACAUUUAGAAUCUAUUUUGCAUCCAGUUCUAAGUCUUCAUGGACACCGAUUAAAAUCAUUGGGUUUAAGGCUGCAUUCUACAGCAACAACAACACAGCAGCAUAUUAUAUCAAUUACUUCUCUGUGUCCUCACCUAGAAAACAUUACUGUUACAGGAAGUGCCUCUUAUGGAGGUGCUGUGUUAGGAUCCCACACAAAUUACAAAUGGCCAAAAGUGAAGAACUUACAGUUGAUGCUCAAUGCUAUGCAGCCAGAAAAUAUUGAGUUAAUACGGAUGUUUUUGUCUGCUUGCUGUUUUGUGGAAAGUUUAUGCAUCAGUAUAUUAGCCAUUGAAAAUCUUGGUGUAAUAAUUAAUGAACAUAAAGCUAAUAAUAUAGUGGUGCUGAUUUUACCUGCACUUGAAAAUAUAUCAGAUGCCGAUAUUGACGAUCAUGUAUGUGUAAUCCUUAAGAACUGCCCGAAACUGCGCUAUAUUUACGUGCCUAGAAAAUUAAAGAGGUGGAGACAUUUACAAGAAAAGUUAUGGAAUCGUGGUAUUGCUGUGAAGUUUACCGACCUUCUAGCUAGUGGAUUUUAGACAAAAAGUUUAUGAAUUUAUUAUACAAUGAAUAUAUUUAUUUUUUACAUGUCUCUGACAUUUCUCUGAAUAACGUAAUUUUUGUUGUUGUUGGGGGAGGGGGGUUAUAAUUUUAUUAUUAAACAGAUAAUUAUUACAUUAAAUAUUUUCAAAGUUAUAACUAAAAAAAUUAUUUGUAGUUCCUCUGUAAGUACAGUAGGACUCCUGUAUCUGGGGGGGAUACGUUCCGAGGACCUGCCGUGGAUGCUGAAACUGCAGAUAGUAGCAAUUAUAAAGUUUAACCCUUAAAUGGUCCAAACGUAUAUAUACGUUUUUUCAACAUCUGAAAGUAUGUAAAAAAUGUAGAUGAUCUUUUUUGUUUUACAUUUGAAAACGUGUAAAAAAAACUUUUAUCUACAUUUUUUUUUUGUUAUUGAAAAUAUGUAAAAAAAAAGUAGAUUUACUUUUGUAGCACUACGAAUUUGAACGUAGAUCUGUUUGGACCGUUUAAGGGUUAAUAGAUAAAUUAUGCACAAUAAGUGGGGAAGUAUCACUUUUUCACUGAUGGGAAGCACUUCACAGCUUCUCUACUUUUGCACUUUGGGGCCAUUAUUAUGCAAAAUUAAAAGUUAUCCACAGUAAACUGUGGAUGACUGAAAUCGCAGAUACGAAAUCAGUGGAUACGGGGGUUCUACUGUAUGUAUAUGUUUAUUUUGCACGAUUUUAGGAUAAGCAUUCAUGUGAUCAGGCACCAGGAUUUUAUAAAUCAAAUUUUCUACAAUUUUUACUCCAUUCAAGUUUAAGACCAAGUCCUGACUUGUGUGGUCUGCAAACCUUACCAGAAAUCUUAGUUACCUUAUGUUAUGUCUUACCUAUUGUGUGUGUGGGUGGUGUUGAUAGUUAAAACUUUCGGAGUUUUUAAAAGCAGAAACAGAAAAGAGGAAGGCAAUGAAAGUAACAAAAAAUGUGCAUUAUGCAAUGAAAAAUUGGAUAUCAGAUUGGAAGAAGUAAGUAUGUAUUUAAAUAUUUAAGAGUAGACAUGUUGGUAGAUGGACUUCUGAAAGAUAAGGUGAACCACAUUACAGACGAAGGUAAAAAGGUGGGUGGAGUGUUGAGGCAUCUGUCGAGAGGAAGACGUGUUUCUAUGGAGGCAAAAAAAGAGGAAUGUGCCAGAGUAUAGAGGUAUGAACCCUUUUAUAUGAAUGUCAGGUAUGGGUUUUAAAUGUUGCGAUGAGGCGCAUGGAGGCAGCGGAGAUGAUGUGUGGCAUGAAUAAUAUGCAAAGAACUCAGAGCAUACAAAAGGUAUUAUUUGUGGGACAGGUGGUUUGGGCAUUUAAAGAGUAUAUAGCAGAAUAGGAUGACCAAGAUUUAUGUCUGAUGUAUGAAAGGAAGGAUGGAUAGGAGUUAUCCCAAGAAAGGGGUGAAGGCCAUUUUGUUUUAAGUGGUAGAGGCUUGAACAUUCAGCAGGUAUGUUAGAUUGCAGUGAGUGGAGACAAAUGGAUAUAGGAAUUUGGUGCAGUUUGAAUGUGAGUAAAGUAACAUUUGUGAAGGGAUUCAGAGAAACCAGUUAACUAGACAAAUCCUGGAGGCUGAAAGCAGUAACUCCAUUCUAUAGAAGGGUUGUAUUGUUAAAGUUUGGAGGGUCAUUUGAAUUGUGAAGUUAACUCACCGCUGAUAAGACGGCUAUUGAAUGAAUAAUGGUGAAUGUUUCCUCUUUAUGGUUGGGGGGGUCAGUCUGCCUUGGUGGAAGAUGUCCAGUCUGGUAAAAAAAAAAAUCACAAAUUUAUGUGCUACAUCUGGCAAAAUAAUUAUUCGCAUAUGCAAUGAACCACUACCAU